AACUCAGACGACUCCAUCUACCAGGUAAAUUUGUCAUUUCUGAAGCUUAGCAGACUCACCAUCUCAUCAAACACUGAGACUCUACAGAAGCUCUAUCUGGGGAUGAAGGAAAAGGCUCUGCUGGCAUACAAAGGACUUGUGAUAUCACUGUGAUUUUGUUUCAUUUGCAACUGGAGACUAAAUGACACCAAGCAGAAUCUGCUGUUAGGUUAGAUUACAAGGAUACUUUCCAAGACACACAAAAACAUGCAGGCUACAUCAUUAGUCUAUUAUUUCCUGCUUGUCUCUCUGUGCAUUGAUUUUUCUCAAAAUGAAACUAGUGCACUUCUCAGGAGGCAAAGGAGAAGAAUGCGCUACAGAGGAUUGAGAAGGAGCUCCUCAGCAGGGCACAGGUCCCCAAGACAGCCAAGGAUGAAGCUUCCAGCUCCCGUUGCUGUAGUACCCAGCAUACCUCUUAUUAACAUUGAUGACAGUGUUAUGGGUGUAUUUGACUCUCUCAUAGGUUUGGGUGGACAUGAAUCUAGUUACAGUGUCUUACCAGGAAAGAAGGGGCACUGCACAGCUAAUGGGAUGAUAAUGUACGAUAAAGCCGUCUGGUCUCCCAAGCCCUGCAUUACCUGUCUCUGUUCAAAAGGAGAAGUGAUAUGUGAUACAACCAUGUGCCACCCCCUGAAAUGUCCCAAAACUAUUAUACCUGCAGGAGAAUGCUGCCCAGUUUGUUCUGAUACUGCCUCCUCUUUGGAUUCAAGUAUUAUCUCACUGGAUGAUGUGACUGAGUUGUCUGGUGAUUCUCCAGAACCCAAUGACCUUGACAACACCAAUAUAUUGUCAUCAGCACGUACUCAAACUGAAAAAGAUGAACUGCUUAGAACAGAAGUGGUAGAGUUUAAAGAGGGUCAUAAAAAGGUUGAAAAGAAAAGAAAAAGGAAAGGCAAAAAAAAUCGACAGAAGUAUAAAGCCUAUCACAGAGAAAAGAAGCCUAUCACAAGAAAGGAAGCUGCAGAAGAAGAAAUACAAUAUGAAAGUGAUGAAGAUGAUGGUACUUUCAGAAUGCCAUCUCAUUCCCCAAUUCCUGUUCCACCGAUAGAAGCUCAUCCAUUGCCAUCUGGAUGUUCUACCUCGGACACUACAAUAAGCUGUAUUAAUGCCAAACUUACACAAAUACCACCAGUCUCAGAUCCAGAUGUAACAAGUCUAGACCUUACAGGAAAUAGUAUCACUACUAUCUCAGAUGAAGCAUUCAACGGGAUGCCUAAUUUAGAAUGGAUUGAUCUAAGUAAAAAUAAUAUUACCUCUCCUGGCAUAGGUCCACAAGCAUUCAAAAUCCUGAAAAAGCUAAAACGUUUGUAUUUGGAUGGAAAUAUGCUGGUACAUAUUCCCUCUGAAUUGCCAUCAUCUUUGGAAGAAAUAAAAAUAAAUGACAACCACCUUCAUGCCAUUGAUGAAGAUGGCUUACAAGAUUUAAAGAACUUGGUCACCCUGGAAUUAGAAGGAAAUAAACUCAGUGAAGCAAAUGUCAGUCCUUUGGCCUUUUAUCCUUUGAAAAGUCUCUCUUAUUUGCGACUGGGAAGAAAUAAAUUUAGAAUUAUCCCACAAGGUCUUCCUGCCACUCUUGAGGAGUUAUACCUUGAAAAUAAUCAAAUUGAAGAAGUGUCAGAAAUUUGCUUUAACCAUACAAGAAACAUAAAUGUCAUUGUGCUAAAGCAUAACAAAUUAGAAGAGCACAGAAUAGCACCUUUGGCUUGGAUAAACCAAGAGAACUUGGAGUCAAUUGAUCUCUCGUAUAAUAAGUUAUAUCAUGUUCCCUCCUACCUGCCAAAAUCUUUACUACAUCUGAUACUUAUAGGAAAUCAGAUUGAAAGAAUUCCAGGAUAUGUCUUUGGUCACAUGAAGCCAGGGCUGGAGUAUCUCUACCUGUCCUUUAACAAACUUACUGAUGAUGGAAUAGAUCCAGUAUCGUUUUUUGGAGCAUAUCACUCUCUGAGAGAGUUGUUUUUGGAUCACAAUGAAUUAAAGUCUGUACCGUUUGGAAUUGAUGAAAUGAGAAAAUUACGUUUUUUAAGACUGAACAAUAAUAAAAUAAGGACGGUCCCUCCAGAACGCAUCUGCAGGACUCAUAUCAAUGAUGAUGAUGUUCAUGAGAACAGUGAAGAGGAGAAUGAAGAGUCACGCCUGGAGCAUGUUCAUCUUGAAAACAACUAUAUCAAUACAAGACAGCUAUCACCACAUGCAUUUUCAUGCAUAAGAUCCUAUUGCAGUGUUGUUCUUAAACCACAGAUCAUCAAAUAAACACCCAACUUUUGCAUUGCAACCCCUAUCUCUAGAAACACAGCUUUAUUUAUUUUCUGCUACUAACAGGUCUGCUUAUUUCUGAUUUAAACCCUUCUUACUACUCUAAAUAAGAUACAGUAUAUUAUAUACUGAAGUAAGGUAGUAGUGUAUUUCUUAAUAUCAUUUCACUAUAAAAACAUUAAUUGUAAAAAUAGAAGCUCAAGAUUAUGUCAUAAAUUUUUAUUUCUAUUGACAGAAGUUCUACUUAAACACAAUAGAUCAAGCUGUGCCCCCAGAUACACCUCCAUAAGAUCAGAUUUUAGAAAAGAAUAUAACUAAACCCUCAACUUGGUCCUGGCUUAUUUGAUUAACUGAAUUUAAAACAUUUUAAAUGGUACCAUCAGCUUUAAAAAUGAUACAAACAAAAGUCCUUCAGCUAUGAACAUUCUAGCAGUGCAAGAAUCAAAUUUCUUAAGAUAUAUGUGGUACUGGAUUUUCUACCAAACAUUUUGCAGUGAUAAAUUCUCUUCUAACUGAAAUGUCAAGAACAAAAAUGUUAAAUUGUUUGUUUUAGAUGACCCUGAAAACUUCCUGUAUUCAAACACAGAUUCUGAUGAGCUCGAGGAAUUAGCAAUUAAUUUCUAUGUGGAUGGGGUUUUUUUUUUGAAACAAAGUGGUUUUUUUUUGUUUUUUUUUUUUUUUUAAACUCAGAGAGUGGUAGAUCCCAUUCAUUUGUACAAUGAAUAGUUAGUUUGCUAGAUUUUUAUACUGUAGAGGAUCAGGAUCAUGUUGCCCAUUUAGGGGACAAAUCAGACUUUCACAAAACUUUUAAAUAUUGGGUUAGUGGUUAUUAGUAGUUAUUUGAAAGCUUCUAGAUAGUCAUAAAUCACCACUUCAGAGACAAUGUGGAUAAAGCAUUUUCAGUAAUACAUCUGAUACGAAUGUCUGCUUAGGUAUAUAACAGUAAGUGUUUACAAAUAUAUCUCUCUUUCCCUAGAAAGGAAUUCAGUCUCUUGAAGUUUCUUUUUAAUGUCUGAGUUCAAAGAAAAGAAGCAUUUUUAAUAUUCCACCCUGGAUUUUAACAUUAUAUUCUUUAGAGAAAGUGGCCCAAAAUUUGAUAAGAAGUAGUUAAUAUUUUUAUUUUAAAGAACAAUUUCAAUAAAAAUUCAAAGUAAUUCUAACACCUUUCAUAUUUCUUGAAUUCUACAAUCCUUUCUUAUAAGAGUAGGCUGGUGGCAGGAAAUGGUUACAGAUGACUGGCAAGUCAUUAUUCUUCACGCAAUUACUUUCUACUUUAUCCUGGGCUAUUCUGUGAGGCAUUUAAAAAAAAAAAUAAAUAGUACUCUGCUUUCUUCAGUACUAUAGGUAUGCUGUCUAAUAAUUUCUUCUUCAGAAUGGAUCGGAACAAAGGAUGAAAUGGUUUAAUACAGGGAUUGACUUUUCUGAAGGCAUAUAAAAGCUGUAAGCAACUGCACAUCAUAAAACUUCUAAGGACAUAUAUUAACUACUGAACUGUAAUUUUAUUGCCCUCACUCUGGAAGUAGAGGUUUCACUAUGCAUUUCCCACACAUCCCAAUCUACUGCCAACAGACAUGUCAUAUAAUCAGCAUAAGCAUACUGUUCACACAACAUUUAACAGUGAAGGAUCUCCAAACACUUUUUUUAACAUAUUAUAGACAGCAUAUAUGAACACCUGAGUUUUAUUUUCUCUGAAGCUAUACAAUCAUGACAAAAACAAGAUCACAUUGUUCUAUCUCAAAGUUCUCUCUUACUCAAAUAAACUAUUACCUGCAAGGUACUUCAUCUGCAGUGCAUUGAAACCUACUGCGUUUCUUGUAAGAAACAAUCCUAAGAUAUGUGGAUUUCUGUAAAAAGAUUGCUUUGGAUAUUUUGUUUGGUAAAGUAUGGUCAGAAGUCAUACCUUAGUGAUUUGCUAAGUUUGGUAAAGCAUGGUGAAAUCAACAGGCUGAAUUUUUACAUACAGUGUUCUGUUUUAGGUGGUUUGAUUUCAUUGCUUGUGCACUUUCAACAUUUGAUUCCUUCUUUCCUUUCACUUUGGCUAAUAUUCCUUUGUCUUUGCAAAACACCAUUAAGUUCCCAAACUACUACUUUGAGAGACUAAAAAACCUAAAUUAUUAAAAUGAAUACUUUCAGUCUAUUGCUAAAUAACUUCAGAUUUACUUUGCAACACUGCUAAGCAGUGCUUUCAGAAGCUUUACUAAGCAUUUUGAAUACACAGAUUGACCCAAGGAGGGAUUUCUAGGUAAACAAGCUGCUGUAUUACACCAUUUUAUGCAUUCUUAUAAUAAAUCUAAGCAAAACACCA